AUGCCUGGAUGGAAAAGGUGUGUGAUACACGCACACAAAGAGCUGCAGAGGAUCUCAGAUAUGGGCAAUGGAUCUUCACCAGAAUACAAAAAGCAGACUCUAAGGAUCCAUAUCAGUACUGAGAUGAAUGACCUCAGUGUGAAUCCAUUUGUUCAUCCUAAUAUACAGUGGAAGAAUCUUCGGUAUUAGGCACAGAAUUUCCCUGCAAGAAUAAUGGGCUGCAAUCGAAACUGUGGGCUCAUCACUGGUGCUGUCAUUGGUGCAGUUGUGGCUCUGUUCGGAGGGAUUCUAAUGCCAGUUGGAGACAUGCUUAUUGAGAAGACAGUUAAAAAGGAAUCUGUCCUUGAAGAAGGUACAAUUGCUUUUAAAAAUUGGGUUAAAGCAGGUGCUAAUGUUUACAGACAAUUUUGGAUAUUUGAUGUGCAGAAUCCAGAGGAAGUGGCAGUUAAUAGCAGCAAAAUUAAAGUUAAGCAAAGAGGUCCUUACACGUACAGAGUCCGUUAUCUAGCCAAGGAUAUUAUAACCCAAGACUCUAAGACCCAUACAGUUUCUUUCCUACGGCCCAAAGGUGCCAUCUUUGAACCCUCACUGUCAGUUGGAACAGAGAAUGACACAUUCACUGUUCUCAACCUGGCUGUAGCAGCUACACCCCAUCUCUAUCCAAGCACAUUUGUUCAGAUAAUACUCAAUGUAUUUAUCAAAAACUCAAACUCUUUUAUGUUUCAAAAGAGAACUCUGAAAGAACUAUUGUGGGGCUAUAAGGAUCCAUUCUUGAGUUCGGUUCCAUAUUCUAUUCCUACGACAGUUGGUGUGUUUUAUCCUUACAACAAUACUGCAGAUGGAGUUUAUAAAGUUUUCAGUGGAAAAGAUGACAUAAGCAAAGUUGCCAGAAUUGACACAUAUAAAGGCAAAAAGCAUCUCUCCUAUUGGCCAAGUUAUUGUGGAAUGAUUAAUGGUACAGACGGAGCCACAUUUCCACCUUUCAUUGAGAAGAAUCAGGUACUACAAUUCUUUUCCGCUGACAUUUGCAGGUCAUUUUAUGCUGUGUUUGGAGCCGAAAUUAAUCUAAAAGGAAUCCCUGUGUAUAGAUUUGUUCUUCCAUCCAGAGUUUUUGCAUCUCCACUUCAAAAUCCAGACAACCAUUGUUUCUGCACAGAAAAAAUUAUCUCCAAGGAUUGCACCUUGUAUGGUGUGCUAGAUAUUAGCAAAUGCAAAGAAGGAAGACCUGUGUACAUUUCACUUCCUCAUUUUCUACAUGCAAGUCCUGAAAUUGCAGAACCUAUUGAAGGCUUACGUCCAAAUGAAGAGGAACAUAGCACAUACUUAGAUGUUGAACCUAUAACUGGAUUCACUCUACAAUUUGCACAACGGCUGCAGAUCAAUAUACUAGUUAAGCCAGCAAAAAAUAUUGUAGCAUUAAAGGGUCUGAAGCAGAACUAUUUGGUGCCUAUUCUUUGGCUUAAUGAGACUGCCACUAUUGGUGAUGAGAAGGCAGAAAUGUUCAGAAAUCAAGUGACUGGAAAAAUAAAUCUCCUUGCCCUGAUAGAAAUGAUCUUAAUGAGUGUUGGUGCAGUGAUAUUUAUUGCUUUUACAAUAUCAUACUGUUCAUGUAGACUGAAGAAUGCAAAAUAAGAAGCAAAUGAGUCUUUGUGCACCAUUUACAUCAGGACCAUUAUUAAUAUCGACCUACAAAAUGAAGAUUUAAUAUGCUUUAUUUUUGCAAAAUAUACCUUAUGGUUGAAUAACUUGUGUC